AUGAGUGUUGGAGAGUUGUUGGAGGACUCGCUGGACGUGUGCGACUCCUCUCCUGCCGAUUCUUUUACUGAUAUUCAGUUCUUGUUUCGUGCCUACUUGAUGCCCAUCACCUAUCUGUUCGGCAUUUUCGCCAACUCCAUCAAUGUCGUCGUAUUCUCACGGAAGACUAUGCGCAAUCAGCCUGUCAACUGGUUCUUCCUGGUGCUGUCGCUCAGUGACCUCACCGUUCUUAUCGCCUCGUUCUUCGUAUUCUCCGUACCUGUCUACGCAGAAGUGUCCGAUGACGUCGACAUGGCGCGAGCGUCGGCCGUACUAAUCGUGUGGUUUUACCCACUCGCACAAACUGGUCUCACCAUGUCCGUCUACCUCACAAUAUUGGUCUCAGUGCAUCGAUUCAUGGGAGUGUGUCAUCCUUUCCUG